GUGGCCUUCGGCUCGGGCGUCUGUCGGGAGGGGGCUCGGGAACUAUUUAGGGACGCUCCCCGAUGCCUCGGCCCUCGGAAGCGCCAUGAGGUCGGUGAGCUACGUGCAGCGCGUGGCGCUGGAGUUUAGCGGGAGCCUCUUCCCGCACGCUCUCUGCCUCGGAGACGCCGACAACGACACGUUAAACGAGCUGGUGGUGGGAGACACCAGCGGAAAGCUGUCCGUGUACAAGAAUGACGACAGCCGGCCAUGGCUCACCUGUUUCUGCCAGGGAAUGCUGACUUGCGUUGGAGUUGGAGAUGUUUGUAAUAAAGGAAAGAACCUGGUGGUGGCGGUGAGCGCUGAGGGCUGGUUUCACUUGUUUGACCUGACACCUGCCAAGGUCCUGGAUGCUUCCGGGCACCACGAGACACUAAUAGGAGAGGAGCAGCGUCCAGUCUUCAAGCAGCACAUCCCUGCCAACACCAAGGUCAUGCUGAUCAGCGACAUCGAUGGAGACGGGUGUCGCGAGCUGGUGAUAGGUUACACAGAUCGUGUGGUGCGGGCCUUCCGCUGGGAGGAUCUGGGUGAGGGCACCGAGCAUCUAACAGGGCAGCUGGUGUCCCUCAAGAAAUGGAUGCUGGAGGGUCAGGUGGACAGUCUCUCGGUGACUCCAGGGCCACUGGGUGUUCCUGAACUGAUGGUGUCUCAGCCAGGCUGUGCCUACGCAGUUCUACUGUGCACCUGGAACAAGGACGCUGGGUCCCCUCCUGCCUCUGAGGGGGCUGCAGAGGGCAGUAGGGAGACUCCAGCUGCCCGAGAUGUAGUGCUGCACCAGACAUCUGGCCGCAUCCACAACAAGAAUGUCUCCACUCACCUGAUCGGCAACAUCAAGCAAGGCCACAACCCUGACAGCAGUGGCUCUGGCCUCUUUGCCCUGUGCACCCUGGAUGGGACCCUGAAGCUUAUGGAGGAAGCAGACAAGCUGCUGUGGUCGGUACAGGUGGAUCACCAGCUUUUCGCCCUAGAGAAGUUAGAUGUCACGGGUAAUGGGUGUGAGGAGGUAGUCGCAUGUGCCUGGGAUGGACAGACAUAUAUUAUUGACCACAGCCGCACCGUCGUCCGCUUCCAAGUGGAUGAAAAUAUCCGUGCCUUCUGUGCAGGCCUCUACGCCUGCAAAGAAGGUCGCAACAGCCCCUGCCUCGUGUACGUCACUUUCAACCAGAAGAUCUAUGUGUACUGGGAGGUGCAGCUGGAACGCAUGGAGUCCACCAACUUGCUGAAACUGCUGGAGGCUGAGCCGGAGUACCACAGCCUGCUGCAGGAGCUGGGCGUGGAUCCUGAUGACCUCCCUGCAGCCCGCACCCUGCUUCACCAAACGCUCUACCAUCCGGACCAGCCACCGCCAUGUGCACCCUCAGGCCUCCGGGAUCCCACCUAGCAGGGCGUGCCCUCUUAGCUGGGGAAGGGUCCUCCUGAGCCCCACCCCCGUAGGUAUUAAGGCAUUGGCAAGACAGGGAAUAUC